CCGUGCCACCCGGGGAUGUGGCCGUACGUGGCGGCCGCGCUGCUGGGGCUGUUCCUGCUGCGGCGCUGGCACCGGGAGCGGCAGACGGUGCCGCGGCUCUCGGAGAAGCACGUGCUGAUCACGGGAUGCGACAGCGGCUUCGGGAACCUGCUGGCGCGGCAGCUGGACGCGCGGGGGCUGCGGGUGCUGGCCGCCUGCCUGACGGACACCGGGGCCAAGCAGCUGCGGGCGGCCACCUCCAAGCGGCUGCAGACCGUCCUGCUGGAUGUCACCUCCAGCAAGAGCAUCGCCGAUGUCACCGCCUGGGUCCGGGAGCGUGUGGGUGAUCAAGGGCUCUGGGGGCUGGUGAACAACGCAGGGAUCGCCAUCCCCACGGCCCCGAACGAGUGGCUGAGCAAGGAGGACUUCGUCAAGGUGCUGAACGUCAACCUGGUGGGGGUCGUGGAGGUGACGCUGAGCCUCCUGCCGCUGGUGCGGCGGGCGCGGGGCCGCGUGGUCAACGUGGCCAGCGUGAUGGGCCGCGUGUCCUGCUUCGGUGGCGGCUACUGCAUCUCCAAAUUCGGCGUGGAAGCCUUCUCUGACAGCCUCAGGCGGGAGCUGCGUCCCUUCGGGGUGCGGGUGUCCAUCAUCGAACCUGGAGGCUUCCAGACGGGAAUGAUCGACCCCGCCCCGCUGGUCAAGGGCUUCGCUCGCCUCUGGGAGCGGCUCCCGGCAGAAGCCCAGGCCGCCUACGGCCGCCACUACCUGGACAAAUGUGAGUCCAUCCCCACACCGCACCGCCACCCCCGUGACCUCCAUGGCGCUGACCCCCUUGUGCCCCCCACAGACGCCAAGAGCACCACCCUGCUGCACCGCCUGAGCAGCUCCCGCCUGUCGCACGUCACCGAUGCCAUGACACACGCGCUGCUGUCCCGCUGCCCCCGCAGCCGCUACGCCGCCGGCUGGGACGCCCGGCUCAUCUUCCUCCCCCUCAGCUACUGCCCGGCCUGGCUGUCCGACAGCAUCCUCGGCUUCUUCCUGCCCGUCCCGGCCAGCGGGAUGCCCUGAUGGCCACCGGAGCGG